AUGUGCCUGUACUCCCCAUACGGCACACGCUUAUCAAUGUGCGCUCCCUAUUACUUUUCCGGAGACCCGAGCCUCUGCACGAGGUAUGAUGAAGUCACGACGGAACCCUUUACGCCGCUUCAUGAGCUGGAUGCCGUGGCCUAUACGACGUUCUCAGGGCCAGAAAACUUUGCGCACCUAAGCGGCACGGGAAGAUGGCCCUGGCCAAUUAGACAACCAAUCCUACCACUGUACUGGGAGAUAGAAGCGGAUAUUAACCUUAUUCCGAGGGGCCCUUUGCCGCAGCCUUGGCAAACGAGACAGCCAAUCGUGCCGCGAUUUUGGGAUAUGGAAGCGGAAAUUGACCUUCUUCCAAGACGCCCUUCUCCGCAGCCGUGGCAAAGUGACCUAGCUGUUGCCCUGACAUAUCCUUUUGAGCCCGACCUGCCAUUGGUGGAAUAUUGGCUACCCGAUUCGCCGCAUGAAGAAAGCGAUGACCUCGUCAUGAGGUCAGGAGAUGUAACGAGGUUGGAGGAGCGAAGUCGGAACCCUUUGAAGCGAUCAUGGAGGAAGAUUUCAGGGAAGGCAACGAAGAUUAAGCAUCGUUGUGCCAAGGUGAAGAAGUUCUGUGCCAUCUCCAAGAGUCGCCGACGAGAGAAGCAUGCCAAGGAGAUGCGGUCCAUAUCGAUGCACCACAUCAACGAAUCGACUACACUUGUGAAUCGAUAUCGCAAACGAAGCCCACCAGAGGACGAAAUAGAGGGUGUGCACCUUGAAAUCCGCAGAACCGAGCAGGGUGUCAGGUACUAUCAGGGUAUUAGACGGCUUAAUAGUCAACACGACUGGGUUGACAUCACGGAUGAAGUUGGUUCAAGGGUUUGGCUCUUCUGGGGCCCCGACAGUGACCGAGUGUUGGAGUGA